UCCUUUCGGCCGUGCGACGGGGCCUACUUGCCCUCACGCCUCCACUCCGGCGGGUCUAUAAAGGAAAACUGCACCGGCUAGUCCAUUGCCAACCACCACCGCACCUCACUCUCAACAUUUCUCCUCGUCCUCGUACUUGCUAGCUCCGGAGUGAGUGUUUGAUCGGUAGGAGCUCCUGAGGUAAUUACUAGCAAUGGCGACGCAGGGAAGAGGCAGUGCAGCCGUGGUUGUGGGCGUGCUGCUCGUCUGCGUGCUCCUGAACGCAGCGGUGGCGGAUGCGGCGGUGUUCAACGUCGGCGACCGCGGCGGCUGGUCCUUCAACACCAACUCCUGGCCCGCCGGCAAGCGCUUCAAGGCCGGCGACGUCCUAGUGUUCAAGUACGACGCGACGGCGCACGACGUGGUGGCGGUGAGCGCGGCAGGGUACAAGACCUGCGCCAAGCCGGCCAAGGGCGCCAAGGUCUACAAGUCCGGCGCCGACCGCGUCACCCUCGCCCGCGGCACAAACUACUUCAUAUGCAGCAUCCCCGGACACUGCCAGUCCGGCAUGAAGAUCGCCGUCACCGCCGCCUAGCUAGCCUCGUCCAUCGUCCAUCAUGCACGUAACUCGUACGCGCGACGUUACGUGACACGAGAGUAAUAAUAAUAAUAACCAAAAUAAAAGGCUGAGGGUAUUAUUCGUACGGUGUGUGUACUGUUUGAUUUCGACUCCACCGAUCGUACUUGCUGUUGUAUAUGCUGCCAUGUGUACUGAUUUUGUGCUCAUAUAUACGAAAAUAAAAAUGCGUGCAACAAUUAUUCUUC